AUAAAAUGUAAUUGUUAGUAAUGUAGUAGAUACUUAUUCUUUUAUGUUGGCAACACUAGGAUUUAGUGCGGUAAUGUUCCCGCCUUGUGAAGUGUCAGUUGAAUAGACGGCUUUGCAAAACGGACAUCUUUUAUUUAUAACCUUAGAAAAUUCACGAAAUAACAGUGGCGCAGCCCGAAUUUACGCUAUUAAUUAAUCAUGGCAAAUUUAUCGUUUGGUGCACUAAGUGUUUUCAAUCAUGAAACUCAUGAUUGGGCUUUGUUCAAAGGACGAUUGGAACAAUGGUUCAUGGCCAACGAUAUCAACAGUGAAGUGGAUAAGUCCAGUGCAAAACGCCGGGCUAUUUUGUUAAGUAGUUUAUCUGAAACUACUUACAAACUCAUAAGGGAUCUCGCAUUACCCAAAGACGUCGGGGAACUCGCCUAUUCGGAGGUGAUAGAACUAUUGGACACACACUUCAAAACUAAAAAGUGCAGCUUUGCGGAAAGGUAUAACUUUCAUAGUGCCUUCCAAGGACAGGAUGAGUCCUUAGCUGACUGGGCCGCGCGUGUGCGGGGUUUGGCGAAGGAGUGCGAAUUCCCAACGACAUCCCUCGAAGAUACACUACGUGACCGCUUUGUCCUUGGCAUGGCGGGCGGUCCAGAACGAGAGCGACUCUUCGGCGAGGCGAUGGACCAGCUUACCCUGCAGAAGGCGUUGCAGUUGGCACAGAGCGUUCGUUGCGCCAGGGAAGCGGGGCGUACGGGCCUGGCGAGGGCGGCAGACGGGUCGGCGUCGGCGCCGGCCGUGUUCGAGAUGCACAAGAUGGCGGCACGUGGUCGGAGCGGCGACGGUGGGUCACGCAAUCGGAGCCAAGGCUCGGUCGCGAGGCCUUUGCAAUCAUCAUCAGUUCAGUGUUCAGUGUGCGGUUAUCACGGUCAUGAUAACAAAAAGUGCCGGUUCAGAUUUGCGUCAUGUAAUGUGUGUGGUGUUAAGGGUCAUCUAAAGCGCAUGUGCAAUGGAAAUAGGAAUGCAAACAAUUUCUUGCAGUGCUGUUCGGAUACCGAGGGGGAUGAUGGUAAAAACAUUUUAAUAUUUAACAUUCGUAGCUGUAGUGGAGAACCUAUGCAAGAAUAUGUCACUGUAAAUGAUGUAAAUUUAUGUUUUGAAGUGGACACGGGAUCAGCGGUAACGGCUAUUUCGGAUUCGGUUUAUAGGGCCCAUUUUUCAAAUUAUAAACUGGACAAUAGUAAACAAAUAUUAUUAAGUUAUAAUGGCACUCCAAUUGACGUACUGGGUGUCCUACCAUUGCCGUUUGCGUAUCGGUCACAAACACAAACCAUAAAUGUUUAUGUAGUAAAAAAUGGUGGGCCACCGCUCUUGGGACGCGAUUUUUUAUCUAAGUUCAAGUUAGAAAUUUCGCCUAUAAAUAACUUGUCCAAUAGUUAUGAGAAUCAAUUUCCCCGGCUUUUCUCGGAUGAGUUGGGAUGCUGUGAAGGUGUUGAGGUUAAACUUAAUAUGAAACCGGAGAGUAUUCCAAUUUUCAUGAAAGCACGCCCUGUACCGUUUGCGAUAAGGUCAAAAUUAGAAGAGGAAAUAUACCGGUUACAAAGUCUAGGUAUUAUAGAACCUGUCACAUAUUCUGAGUAUGCUAGUCCGAUUGUGCCAGUAUUGAGAAGUGAUGGAAAGAUUAGACUUUGUGCAGAUUACUCGUCCACUUUAAAUAAGCAGUUGUUAGUAGAAAAAUACCCUUUACCCCGAGUCGAAGAACUUUUCUCCAAGCUGCACAAUGGGGUGCAUUUCACUAAGCUAGACCUAUCUGGUGCAUAUAAUCAGUUGAGACUACAUGAAGAUUCACAGUUACUCACUUGUAUUAAUACACACAAGGGGUUAUAUAAGUUUAAUAGAUUAGUGUUUGGGUUGUCAAGCGCACCAGCUAUUUUUCAGCGCACACUUGAAAAUAUCUUAUUAGGUCCUGAUAAACAGACUAGUGGAAAGGUUCAGCCAGCUGACGAUGAUCAUCAUCCACAUUGCUCAUUGCAGGAAGGGGUUCUCCAAUUUUUAGAUGAUAUCCUUAUUACAGGUAGGACUCGGGAAGAGCAUUUAGCUAGGCUUAAUGAAGUUUUUCGGCGGCUAGAGAAAGCAGGGUUAGUGUUGAGGAAGGAAAAAUGUAGUUUUUUUCAAGAGUCGGUUUCAUACCUAGGAUUUAUAAUCGACAAACAUGGUAUUCACAAAUGCCCCGAGAAAGUAAAAAGUAUUGUGAAUGCAAAGAAACCGGAAAAUGUAUCAGAAUUAAAGUCAUUUCUGGGCCUAGUCAACUACUAUAGAGUAUUUAUAAAAAAUGCAUCCAGUAUAUUAGCACCAUUGCAUGAUUUGUUACAAAAAAAUGUACAUUGGGUGUGGACUAAAGAUCAUGAAAAUGCAUUUCAGUAUAUCAAAAGAUGUUUGGCUGAUGAGAAUACUUUAGCACAUUUUAACCAGGAUGCGCGAAUUAUUCUCACUGUGGAUGCGUCACCAUGGGGGCUAGGGGCUAUUUUGUCUCAGGUAGAUAAGGACAAUGUAGAACGGCCGGUUUCAUAUGCAUCCAGGGCACUGACCCCGGCUGAGAAGCAAUACAGUCAGAUCCAAAAAGAAGCAACAGCAAUUAUUUUUGGGGUUCGGAAGUAUCACCAAUACCUAUAUGGUAGGUCCGAAGCAUUUGUGCUGAGAACACAUCAUAAACCGCUUUUAUCAAUUUUUAGACCGGAAAAAGGUAUUCCAGAAGUGUCAGCCAAUCGUCUCCAGAGAUACGCAUUAUUUUUGUCGGCCUAUAAUUACAAAAUCGAAUAUGUUAGUAGUGCAAAUAAUUGUGCAGACUUUCUUAGUCGCUCCAUGGUGCCGCAGACCACGCCUACUGCGGUGACGUCACAGGGUGCAAGUGACAGCAAAUCGGAAUGUAUAGUAGAUACUGCGUGUUAUAUAAAUUUUUUGUUCGAUGACAAUGCUUCUCCGAUUUUAUUGAGUGAGGUUAAGGAUUUAACGGAACAGGAUCAUACAUUAUCUGAUGUAAUUAAAUUCACAAGGAAUGGUUGGCCGAAAACUAUUAAGGAUGUCGAAAUUCGACCAUAUUUUGCUUGUCGGUCCGAAUUAUCGGUAGAAAGAGGCUGUUUAAUGAGAGGGUGCAAGCUUGUUAUCCCGUCUAGUUACAGAGGGAAGGUUAUCAAAGAGCUGCAUGCCGGUCAUUUAGGUAUUGUUAAAAUGAAGCUGGAGGCGCGCACACGAUUCUGGUGGCCCGGCAUGAGCGAGCAGCUGCAGCAGGCUGUGCGGAGCUGCGGCGUGUGCAGCCAGCUGCGCCCCUCGCCGCCCCGCGCGCCCCUCACGCCCUGGCCGUACCCGUCGGAGCCGUGGUACAGAGUCCACAUAGAUUUUUUAGGCCCGAUAAAUAAUAAAAUGUAUUUAAUAGUGGUGGACGCUUAUUCGAAGUGGGUCGAAGCUUAUGACGUCUCGUCCGGGUAUGGUAGCAAGGUAGUUAUACAAAAAUUGUGCGAUGUAAUGGCAAGAUUUGGCCUCAUAAAUACUCUGUGUUCAGAUAAUGGCCCAUCAUUCAUAUCCAGUGAAUUCGAACAUUUCUGCAAGAGUAAUGGUAUUACUCACCUCACCUCUCCGGAGUAUCAUCCAGCAAGCAACGGGCAAGCCGAAAGCUAUGUGAAAAUUAUUAAAAAAGCUUUGAAAUCGAUUCUGUUGUCCGGCAUAGGUAAUAAUAACCUAAAUAUCAAAUUAAAUGAAUUUCUUUUCAAUUACCGCAAUUCCGUUCAUUCCACCACAAAUAAAACCCCUGCACAGGUUCUCUUCGGCAGGAAUUUACGCUGUAGGUUGGACUUAUUGAACCCGAAAUCUCCCGAGGCUUCCGAUACAGCACUGUUAGAAACUGUACGGGGUAAACAGUGUUUACAGGGUAAAUCAUAUAGGGGAAUAAGGAACAUUGACUUUUGUAUAAAUGAUUUGGUAUCAGUCAAGAUUCAUAAAAACAAUAAAACCUUUUGGGUUCAUGGUGUGGUGACUAGGCGGAUUGGAAAAUCCGCAUAUUUAAUCUUUGUUGGUCAAUAUGAUAAAACUAUAAAAAGACAUAAAAAUCAAAUGUAUAAAGUGGAGGGGGAGAGAGGAGUAAUUUCUGAUAAUGAUAUUGAAUCCAGGUCGGCGCUUGAAGCUAUUCCGACUAACGACAUCCAGAUCAAUGAGGCCGAGAGCAGGCCAUCUGCGAGCCAGCCACUGUCUGCGAGCCAACCUCCAUCUGCGUCUGAGCCACCUGCAGCGAGUCAGGCAUCGUCAGCGAUUCAGCCACCUGAAGCGAGUCAGCCACUGACAGCUAGUCAGCUACCGUCAGCAAGUCAGCCACUGUCAGCGAGACAGCCUCUGUCAGCAACUCAGUCACCGACAGCGAGCCAGCCACCUCCAGCUGCGAACCAGCCAGCCGGGGUUUCCUCUAUAGCUGAGCCGACCUCCCCUGCUGCCUCUGCUUCACAUCGAGAUUCUGAAGGCUCGCCUACUGGGAUAUGGCAAGAUAGCCAGGAAAGCAUAAGUGAAGACCCCUCUCCUUCCACUCACUCUGAUGUAGGGCGUACUCUUCGCACUCGCAAACCUGUAUCUUAUAGGAAGUUCUUUAGCUUAAGUAAAUUGUAAUAAAAGGAAUAUUUAGGUUCUAGAUGAAAACCAUUGUUAGUAAUUUAAGAGAUUAAGGUGGAGGAAUGUUAGUAAUGUAGUAGAUACUUAUUCUUUUAUGUUGGCAACACUAGGAUUUAGUGCGGUAAUGUUCCCGCCUUGUGAAGUGUCAGUUGAAUAGACGGCUUUGCAAAACGGACAUCUUUUAUUUAUAACCUUAGAAAAUUCACGAAAUAACAGUAAUC